GAAAUGAGAAAUAGUUUUUUUGUGUCUACUUGCUGAAUGUAAACAGAUUUUGUGACUUGAUAGGAUACUAGAAUUCACAAAUAUAAACUUUAUUGUAAGUCAUCUUAACAGAGUGUAAGAUUUAUUUUAAUAUUCAAAAUGAAUCAUUCUCCAGUAGAGUUUGACUUCGACGAUUAUAAAUAUGAAGAUGAUGAAGACCGGGAAAAUAAUAAGCCAGAAGAAAGUGAUGAAGAUACUGAAGAUGCUAGUGAAACUGAUAUUGGUCAUAACGAAGGACCUGUGGAAAUCAAGGAGCAAAUGUAUCAAGAUAAGCUAGCUGGCUUGAAAAAAAAACUGCAGCAAUUGAAGGAUGGCACACAUUUCGAAUUAAAUCAAAAAAUUCAGUUGCUGAAAGAAGAAUUUCUAGAGAGAUUGCAAAUGAACAAACUGCAUCGCGAUUACCUUCUAGAGUGUAUCGAGAAGGAAUAUGUUCAGGAAAAAAAAGCUGCAGUCAAAGAGUUCGAAGAAAAAAAAAUUGACCUCAAAGAAAACCUCAUAUCAGAUUUGGAAGAUAAAAAAAGGACCAUUGAGACUGAACGAUUCUCUUGGGAACUCACAGGAGAUCCCAUGGAAGUGAAACCAGUCAUGACUAGAAAGUUACGAAGAAGACCUAACGAUCCUGUACCUGUGCCAGAAAAAAGGAGGAAAAUACAGACCACUCAAAUCACUCAUUUAUUAGAUGAAAAAGAAAUUGAGCACGAUUUGAGAAUAAUAUCCAGGGGAAAGCUCUUAACGCCAACCAGAAAAAGGAGUGAUAGUGUUUCUGAUGCUGCUCUUGUGCAAAAUCCAUCAGUUCCUGUUCAUUCAUCUAUGCCUUUCCACGAUAUAUCAAUGGGGGAAACCAAAGAAACCAGAAUAGAAGAAGGGAAACUACUUUAUGAGAGGAGGUGGUUUCACAGGGGACAGUCUGUAUUUGUGGAAAGUAAGGAUAUGUCCAAAUUUCCUGCGAAUAUUUCAGCUAUCGGAAGUGAUGCUAUCUGGGUGAAGAAAUCAGAUGGUUCCAAAGUGAAAAUUUACCUAACUAAUUUAGCAAGAGGCAAAAUAUCAUUGAAAAGGAGAGCCUCAUAGUACUUACUGUAAAUUUACGAAUUUUAUCAAUAAGAGAUAUGAUAGGAACUGAUACAGACAGUUUGUUAAAAUUAUAAUUUCUUCUUUCAAAAAAAGAAUUAUGAACUGGUUUGAUGUUAUAUGUUCUGAAAGAAUUGGCAAUGUUAUUUAUUAACGAAAUUUUUAUUUAUACAAUAAAUCA